AGGAAUUUUUUCCACCACCCCCCCUCUCAGUGUGUCCUGCCCUCACUGUGACAGAAGCCGAGGAAAUGUCCGAGGCAGCGCAGCAGCUGGCGGGCAGCACCGCCACGGGUGACAACAAGCCCUUCGCAGCCCAGUUGUCCAACGUCUACCUCAGCAUCUUGGCGCUGUUCUGCUUCAAGCUCUUCGUCAAGAUUUCCCUCAACCUGCUCACCUACUUCUACAUCAUCCGCGGGAACCGCAAGGAGGCGGCCCGGAUAUCCGCCGAGUUUUACGACUACAACCAGCAACGCGGAUCCUGGACGGACCGCUCACCACUUCACGAUGCCGCCAGUCAGGGUCGCCUCCUCGCUCUCAGGACCCUCAUUGCGCAGGGUCACAACGUUAACAGCGUGACCAUCGACCAUGUCACCCCUCUCCAUGAAGCCUGCCUUGGAGACCACGCACCCUGCGCCAGAGCCCUGGUCGACGCCGGCGCCGACGUCAACGCCUUGACGGUCGAUGGCGCCACACCGCUGUUGAACGCCUGCGUGGUGGGCAGUGCGGCGUGCACUGAAGUCCUGCUGGAAAACGGCGCCAGGGCUCAGAGCCUCGCCCACCAGCCAUCACCCAUCCACGAAGCCACUCGCAGAGGUCAUUGUGCUUGCGUAGACGUUCUGCUGACGUGGGGUGUGGAUGUAGACAUGGACACCUCUCACUUGGGCACGCCGCUCUACACCGCUUGCAUCUGCCAGGAGCUGGAAUGUGCCAGGAAGCUUCUCAGGGAAGGCGCUAAUGUUCAAAAAGGCAAAUCCCUGGACUCGCCUUUGCAUGCAGCGGCAGAGAAAGACUGCACUGCAAUUGUAAAGUUGCUGCUUGACUUUGGUGCCGACAUCAAUGCCCGGGACGGUGAGUGUCGACGACCAGUGGAUGUGGCCCCGCCCAGCAGCUUCACGGAAGGCCUCCUGCUCCUCUACGAAGCCAUGCCUCGAAUGCUGACUCAGCUGUGCCGCCAGUGCAUUAGGACGUGCAUCGGCCGGGACAGACUGCACCUCCUCUGUCAUCUGCCCCUGCCGGGUCGAAUCAGGAACUUCCUACAAUACCAGUGAUAAUGGCAAAAAUGACUUUUUAAUAGGUUGUAUGCAAAUAAUUGAGUCUCUGAAGUGCCUACCCACCCAAGUAAACCUUUUGCGAGCUGCCUGUUUCGCAACAAAAAAAACUGGGAGUGACCCAGUACCAUAUGCAACCUACAUUACAUUAUGAUGACUGGUGAUGAAUAGCCUUUGUAAAAAUUUCACAAAAUGCACUUUGAAAAAUGUUAUUGUACGCUAUUACGUUUAUUUCUGCUUUGUGGACUGUUGAAAACUCAAUAAAACACUUUAUUUUAUAGAC